AUGUCAACGUUUACAUUCAGUACAACAGAAAAGCACAAACCUUUAUUAAUUUGUAAAGGUUUUGCGUAUACUAUCAGUAAAGCAGCUAAUGAUAAAACUUAUUGGAAAUGUGAACAUGACUUAGGCUUCAAAACGAAUUAUGAACAAGAUCCAGUAUUUGCUCAUCAUGUUCAUCAAAUUGCUGCUCUUGCAUUUCUUCAACCGAAUGAUGUAAGUCAAGAUUUUGAUGACCUGUACAAUUCAUUACCACAAAUGUUACAUCCAUUAUUAGACUAUUUUGAAGAUACAUAUCUUGGUAGAAAUCGUACACAAGGAAGAGCAAAACCAAUGAUUGAAAUCGACUUCCAGAACACGCAUUAA